UGUGUGUGUGUGUAUGCGCGCGCGCGCGCUUAGUUUGUCAUUUCAUUUGCAUAGUUUUUUCGGCUGUCAGAACAGCAGUAUCAAUAUUUUUCUCUACAUUCGUCCCUAUACCUAUAUUUUGUUAAAUAGAUCUAAUAUUUUUAUUGUCGUUGCACGUUAACACCACGCUCACCAAAGCUAAUUUUGCCCCAUUCACAAUAUUUUACUUUUCGUCUCAUUGCUACGCCAGAAAUAAAAUGGUUCCUGAAGUGGCACUCGUUGGUUAUUGUGAUUCAGUAACGGACAGAUCCCCGGUGGCGUUGUGAAAAAGAAAUAAUGCUAACAUGGGCAAGUUCAGAUUUCUCGGUAAACCAUCCAAGUCGCGACGUCCGAGGACGAUGGUCCGGGUCGGCGUGUCCUCCGAUUUCGUGGACAACGAGGCCAAGAACGCACAAAUGUUAUCCAUCUCGUUGAAAGCUUUCCGGGCGACGUUCGAAAAAGACGGAGAGGUUUGUGCAGUAAUUAGCUGUUGCCUGUCAUUGCUACCCCCAACAAAAAACAACUGAAUUAUUAUAAUAUCGUAUAUGCGUUAUCAUUGUCCUGCAAAAGAAUUGUGAUAACGUGAUAGUAUUCAUUUUUUUUCGUUUUUUGUAUUUAGCUGGAAAGCUUUAAAGGAUUCAGCAUUGACUACAGUGAAGCAGCCUCAAAUUCGAUCUUCAAAAAUAACACUAAAGAAGAAUGUAUGCUAAAGCCCAUACUUAAUGAUCAACAAACUAAACACAAUUUCAUUUCGGACGUAAGUACCUGUUGCCUGAGUUGUUUAUGUAUACCUACUCAGUUUAUUAUAAUGUAUUAUUAACACACUCAUACAUAUUUUAUUUGGAAUUUGUGUUUACACAAAUCAGAAGUAAAUCCAAUUUUUUUCUGGGAAAGAAUGCAGUUAAGCUCCCUAGUGAUUUUUCAGUUUUUUUUUUCUAAAAUGUGAGUUUUUACAUAGUUAAUUUAAUGUUCAAAAAAAGUCUCAAACCAUAUUUAGAAGUUAUAAUCAAAAAACUUUAAAAUGCUUGAUUUUUUUAAAUAUCGUGUUUUUGAGUUUAAAAUACCAAACAUUUAUAUUCAUGGAAUUUUUUUUUUUUUAGAAAUAGUAGUUUUUAUAUGCUUAACAUUUUGGUGAAAUCAGAAUUCACCCAUCGUACUUACUUUUUAUGUUAUUGUUAAUAAAUCAUGCAAAACCUAAUUUAUAAUGUUAUUUCAAUCAUUUGCAUAUUAAAAUAACUCAAAAUUGAUUUUUUGGCCUUUUUUAUUUUAUUCGGUAUGUAAUAAUAAAAGAAAUAAUGAAAAAUAGCUAGAAAUAGUGGAAAAAUGUAUUUUUUCUUAUGGUUACCUAAAUAUUACAUUUUACCUUUGGAAAAAUAUAGUUUAUUUAAUACAACUUUCUUUUUUUACUUACUGAAGCCAAAAUAAUUUUAAAAAAACCACGAUGGAGAGCUGAGAGGUAUGGUGAAAUUAAUACAAUGAUUAUAACGUUAAAUUAUUGUUAUAAAUUUAUAAAUAACAAAAUAUUAAAUAAAAUUUUAAAAUUUACUUAUUUACCAUGUGAAUUCUCGGAAUAAUCACGACAUCUCCAUACAUACCUGUCAAUGCAAUAAACUUUAAAACAUAACUUGAAAGUAUGUCCAAGAACACAUUUUAAUGUAUUUUGUUUGGUAAUUAGUGUCCAAGUCUGCAGUUUUUCAAUUACUGCCAAAGAAUCAGCCUCUUGGCAUUUCGCUCAAACAGCUCAUAAAUAUCGAAAAAAUCUUAGUUCAGAUUUUACCAAACAAUUUUUUAUGUUUUUACACACCAAAUAGAAUAAAAAGUCCAAAAAAUCAAUUUUGAGUUAUUUUAAUAUGUAAACAAUUGAAAUAACAUAAUAAAUUUGGUUUUGUGUAGCUAAUUAAUAAUAACAUAAAAAUUAAGUUGAAUAGGUGAAUUCUAAUAUCACCAAAAUGUUAGGCAUUAUAUAAUUUCUACCAUUUCCAGAAAAAAAAUUUCAAAAAUAUACAUUUUUGGUAAUUUAAACUCAAAAACCAUGAUUUUUAGAAAAAUCGAGGUUUUUGAUCAACUUUUUUUGAAAGUUCCAUCAAAUUAAGUAUGCAAAAACACAUUCUGAAAAAUGAAAUUCUAAAAAAUGCUUGGGAGCUAAACAACAUUUAUGCCUUUUUCUGAUGUGUAUAAUUAAAAUUUGAUCAGAUAUUUAAAAAAAAAGGAAUUUACCUUUUGUGCUCUACCGAUUUAUCAAUGCUUACUUAUAAUUAGAGUAGAAGAUUUGUAGCAUUUGCAUAUUUUUUUUGCAUAAUCAUAAAAAGAGCAGAGUAAAAUAGAAAUAUGUUUUAUGUUAAGAUAAAGCUAGAUUUGUAAUUUUAUUUUGCAUAUAAAUGCAUUUUUGAGUUUUUUUUGUGUUUUAUAGCAUAUUUCUCUCGUUGUUUUAUAUUUUUAAAGAUAUUUAAUUAAUAAUUCUAUUCAUAUUUUCACCAUUAUUGUUUUAUUUCAUGUAAUUAGGUAUAACCAUAAUUGUUAAAUUUAAAAUAAUUUAUAAAUGUUACUGUUCACGGACGUAAUUUUUUCUUAGAAGCACUUGUGAAUUGCCAAUAAGAUUAAUUUUCCGUAUAUUUAUUGUUGGAUGAUUGUUUAUGAUGUAACAUACCACCUGUAUAGGUACAUUUACAUUUAAAUUUUUGGUGUGUUACUAAAUAGUUGGCUUUACAUUCUGUUUAUAAUUUAUUUUAUUUAUGUAGUUAUUUAUUUUUAUAAAAUACUUUAAGUUCUAACACUUGUAAUAAAGUCAAAUAAAUUCAGUUAAAAAAUAAAUACAAAUAUUUGUAUUUUUAAUUUAAAGUAUAUAUUUUUGGUUGCAUAUUUUAGGUAUUUAUGGGUAUAUUUGGUUGACUUUAGGGCUACAAGUCCUCUACUACCUUACGUAUAAUUCAUAAAAAAAUAAAAUUGUAAUCAACUAAACAAUUGUUAUAUAAUGUAUUUUAUAACUCAUAAAAUUGUAAUAUUUUCAAUUACUAUAUAUUAUAUAAUUAUCAAUAUUUUCAGGUACUUGAUUGUUAAUAAUUAAUUUUUAUACAAGCAUUUUAUAUUGUACAAUAUAUAAUACUGUUUAAACAGGGAUUGCAUACAUAGUUCCCUUUUCACUUAGAAUUAAAAAAGUAAAUUUAUAGUUUACUUUAUUGUUAUUAUCUCAUUUAUUGUUGUUUGAUAUGCAGGUGUUGUUAUAUAUUUAUAAUUUUUUUUACAUUUUAGACAAAAUCUAGUGAUAUAAGUAGUAUGGAUUGUCUACCAGUUCAACUAGAUUCAGAAAUAAAAUUUGAACUUAAUAAUUCAAAUACAAAUUCGAUUUCAGAGUCAGUUGUUUCCUGUUGUGAUGAUAAUCUUAAUUACACUUAUGCAUUAUCGUGUAAAGGAGGUAUUUACUAGUUUAAAAGUACUUAAUUAAUAAUUAACCUUUUUUUUAAUUUCCAAAACUAUAUUUUAGGUCCAUUGAAUAUAAACCAAACUAGUGGUGAAGUACAAUGUGGAAUUUGUGGUGUUAUUCGUUACUACAAGUCAAUAGCAAAAACUAAAAGAUAUGGCGCUUACAGUUGUGAUUCUUGUAGAAAAUUUAUAGCUAAAUUAAUUGAAAAUCAAAACACUUUUAAUCGUUGCAAUAAUGAAAGAGGUGAUUUUUAAUUUAUUUUGUUUGAUUAUGUUUUUAUUAAAAUAUAUUUUUCCCAUUCAGGUAUAGGUCAUUGUCGUAUUCCAAUUGGACUCAAUUCUCAAAAAGGAGUGGCAAGAAUUGUAUCUACUGAUUCUCGGUGUAAAGCCUGUUGGCUUCAGAUGUGUUUGAAACGGUUAAAGUUACCAGAUACAAUUGUUGAAAGAUUGUUAGACACACUUCCUAGAGAAAUGACACCAGUAAUUAUGUGGACUUUAAAAAAACCAGAUCCAUGGACCAUAAAUAUAGGAAGUUGUCUUGAAAAUAAAAUUAUAAAAGAUUAUAAACUUCAUAAAGAAAUUAUUAAUUGUUUACAUGGUAGAGUAAAAAAAAAAAUAUUUUUUAUUACUACUAUUAUUUGUAUUUAAAUUAAUCAUUGUUUCAGAUGAAGAUAGUAGUGGAAGCUUUGAGGAGUUAUAUAGUAGUGACAAUGAUAAUGACGAUAUUAAUUAUGAAACUGAACACACCACCACCAAAAAAUCAUCUAAUAAAAAAAAACUGAAGCUAGAAGAGAAGACAAAUAAUAGUAAAAUUACAAAAAGAAAGAGAACAAAAAAAUUAGAAAUAUGUAGAGAUAUUCAGUCAAAUGAUAUUAAAAGAAUUGCAUUGUUAGGACCCACAAGUGAUACAAUAUCUAAUCCAAUGGAAAACCAAGGUUUGUUUAGUUAUUAUGAUGUUGAUUAACAGAUGUAAAGUAAAUUCAAAUUCUCUAUAAAUUACAUAAAAGCUCCUUUAGUUAUUAACUAUAGUACAUAUAUGUUUUUAACUUUUAAUAAAGAAUUCAAGUCUUUUAACACAAAAGGACCUAGAAUUAAACAUGUAUGUCGCAGUGCUGAGUCUGUUUUGGGACAAACUCCUGCUACAUUUGAAAAUGUUUUAGAAAUGACUGAAAAUGAUAACUUUAGUAAGUGUUUAAAUUAAAAUGAUUGUAAUAUCUACAUUAUAUGGGUAGAAAUUAACAUUUGUAUUAAUUACUUACAAAAGAAACUGGUUAAAGAUAAUAGUUAUGUAAUAAAAAGUUUUGCUUAGUUCUAUAAUUGGAAAAAUAACUUUCAUAAUUUACAACAUUUUUUACUUUUACUUAUUUUAGUGUUACCGGUAGAUAUAAAUAAAUCACAGUGUACUAGACCUAAUGAAGAUCUAUCAGAAAAUAUGUCAAGGUAUAAUAUAAAAACAUAUUCCUGAAUAAUAUUUAAUAAUUGUUUAUUUUUUUUUUUUUUUUAAUUUAUGUGUUGCACAUUGUAUGGAUUCUUUUAGUAUUUUGAAAGGUUCAAAAAUGACAUCCAUUGUUAAUGAACAAGAUCCUCAUUUAUCCUAUCAACCAAAUGUCAGUAUCAUUAAUUAUUCCUGACAAGAAUUAAGUUUUUUAACAGAAUAUAUUUUAUGUCAAUAAUUUUAACAUAUUUAGAGAACUCUUCAAGAUCUAAUGAUGCAAGAUUAUUUGAAUUCAAGUAUUGACAAUUUUGAAGAUGACAAAACUAUUAAUAUAAAUUUUCAAGAAAGCUAUGACCCAGAUAGAAUUGCAGAAAAUGGGUUUGCUAUUGUCGGAACUGGGCCAUUACCAAUACCUCGGCGAGUAGUAUGUUAUUUAUGUGGAAGUGCUGGAAUGGAGAAAGUAAUUGAUCUCAAUGUUAUUUACUUAAAUAUCUUGUAAAACUUGUGUUAAUUAUCAUUUGUUUUAGUUAAUUCAUUGUGUGUCUUGUUGUGAACCUUACCACAAGUUUUGUGUUGAUGGGGUUGGUAUUGGAAUUUCAUCUCAUGAAAGUGAAUGGUCAAAAUUUAGUUGGACAUGUCCUAAGUGUAAGGUAAAGUAAAAAUAUAAUUAUUAGAAGUUAAGUUAUUAUUAGUUAAAUUUGUAAGCAAUAGUUAUAAAAUUAAAUGUGUUUAUAAAUUGUUUCAUUAAAUUUCAUAAAUAUCAAACUAAUUAAGUAAUUCUAUUAAAUAUUAUUAAAACUAAAUUUUGAUUUAUUUUGUUAUCAGGUUUGUAAAGGUUGUCAAAGUAGAGGCAAGACACGCCCAAAAUUAACUUGUCAAAGAUGUAAAGAUUCUUAUCAUGAUUAUUGUCUUGCUGACAAAAUAAAUUAUGACCGAAACAGACCAUGGGUAAAAUUGUUUAUUUUUAAAUAUUUUAAUCAAGUUAUUUGUAUUGUAUUAUUUGUAUUUUUAUUGUUUCCUUAUAGACUUGCCCUCCUUGUAGAAAAUGCAAAAGUUGUCAAAUGCCUAAAGUUGAUUACUUUGUUGGUAAUUUGGCUUUAUGCUCUAUGUGCUUUCAGUUAAGGCAACACGGUAAUUACUGUCCCUUGUGUCAAAAAUGCUAUGAACCUGAUGAUUAUGAUACAAAAGUUUGUGAAAUAAUGAAUUAUAGUUUCAGUUUAUGAUUAAAAUAUAUAUAAAAUAUAUUGAUUUUUAUUAUAGAUGAUGGAAUGCGCAAUAUGUGAACAUUGGGUUCAUGCUAAAUGCGAAGGCUUAUCAAAUGAGAAAUACGAGGUUUUGAGUACUUUACCUGAAGUUGUUGAAUAUGUUUGCAAGUAAGUUAAUAGCUAACAUUUUAUUUGUGUACAUGUAUGCAAUUUAAUUUGAAAGUUGGUAAUGGUUGUUUGAUCUAGUUAUUCAUUUAUGGAAUAUACAAUUUUCAUUCAAUUAGAUUUCUUAUAAAUUAAUUAAAAGUGUUCACAUAUUAUACUAUGUGUAAAAUAUAGUAUUUAAAAAUUGGCUUUGACUUUCCAAUCAAACUAAUUAUUUAUACAAUGUAUAAAUAAUUUAAUAAUAAUAGUUUAAAAAUAAUUUAAAAAUUUUUUAUUUAAAAAUAAUAGUUUUAUAUAUAAUUUUAAUAUGUGUUUUUUAUUAAUUUUUUUACAGAAAUUGCACCACUGAUAAUACCAUUCCAUGGCGGGUUUAUGUUGAUGAUGCUUUAAGGAAUGGUUUUAUGACUGUUCUUAUAAUUCUGGGCAAAAACAAAAAAACAUGUGAUCUUAUAAAAUGGAGUCCUCAAAAACAAUCACCUGGAUGUGUUUGCAAGAAAUUCAUUGUACCUAAAUGUCCAUCUUUUGAUGGACCUAAUAUUGUAAAAUCGCAACUUACUAAUGAAAUUCCUAAACAAUGUGUUUGUCACGGAUUAGAGGGUUGGUCUAAAGGUACUCCAACUCUGGUUACAAUAAAGCAGAAAGUAAAUAACAAUGAAUAUGAAUCUCUUUGUCAAUUUAAUGAUGAUAUGAUAAGUACUAUCAAUAAGUUUAAUGUACCAGAACUUCGAGAAGAGUAUAAAAAAAUUAUAGGGGAUAUUUUCCCUUGGUUUAACUCUGAUUUUGAAAAUAAUACUCCCCGUAAAAGUUCCUAUUCUUCUACAUCAUUACCAAUUAUAAGUCCACCUAAGUUCAUUCCAAAAAUACCAUCUUAUUUUCCUAAUUCUAACAUCAAAGCCCCACAGGAUAUCAUUAGCAACAACGAAAAUAAUUAUUAUAUUACACCAACAAUUGAUGACACAAGAAUUUGUCAGUUUUGUAAGAAAUUGGGAGAAGGUAUGCCAAUGCGAGAAGGAAGACUUCUUUAUUGUGGUGAUAAUAUAUGGGCUCAUGCCAAUUGUGCUUUAUGGUCUUCUGAAGUAUUCGAAGAGAUUGAUGGAUCAUUACAAAAUGUUCAACUAGCUCUUUCAAGAGGUAAACUUGUUAGAUGUGUAGUUUGCAAUGAAAAAGGAGCAAGUGUUGGAUGUUGUUAUCGAAAUUGUGUCAAGACUUAUCAUUUCCAAUGUGCUAGAAAAGUAUUUUGUGUAUUUAAUGAAAACAAAACUGUAUAUUGUAACAACCAUGCAUCUGAUACUCGUUGUAGUGUUAAAGAUUUUACUUUGGAUAGACUUAUUUAUAUAGAACAAGAGUAUACUAAACCAAAGCGUACAGAAAGCUCGGAGAUUCAUAUACUAAUCGGUUCAUUAUAUAUAAGUUGUAUUGGACAUUUACACCCUUUUUUAUCAGAUAGCGUCGAGUCUAUAUUGCCUAUUGAUUUUAAAGCAAAACGAUAUUAUUGGUCAACAAAAGAACCAUGGAAACUUAUCCAAUACAAUUGGACUACUAAGACGGAAAAUUAUGUUGAAAAGCUAAAAUUUGAUGAGCUUAACUAUACUAUUGAUCACAACAAACAAACAAAUCCUAUUAGUUUUAUUAAAACUGAAAAUUAUAAACACAAUGUAGAUAUUAACUUGUUUACUUCCAUUCAGAUGGAUAACUUACAAAAGUGUUAUGAAUCAUUAAAAAGAACAUGCCAUACCGAUAAUACUUUUGAAGCUAAACGUUGCAAAGUGGACAGUAUUGACUGUUUUGUUUACCCUAACUAUGAUACAGAUACCGAAUUUGAAUCUACAAUUGAUGAAACUUGUAGAAUGGAGUUAUUUUCCAAUAGUUAUGGAUCAAAACCAAAAAUAAUUCCACAAUUAGAUGGCUUGUAUGAUUCAAGUGACUGUGAAUCUGAAUUUGAAUUAUAUCAACUUGAUAAUUUAACAGAUGCAAUUGAUGAUUGUACAAAUGAUCAACCAGUUAAAUGUAAUCGAUGUCAUCGGACAUAUAGAACAAGUGUAAGUUAUGAAAGACACUUAAUAAAUUGUAAUUUUGAUUACGACAUUGGCAGUGACAGUGAUUUAAGUGAUGAUGAUAAGUCUGACAAAAAACCUGAAGUUAAUUAUUUACCUCUUAAAGAAGAACAAAGUUUACUUGUAGAGCCUUUAAAAGAAGAUGAAAAUUUUUCCCAACAAAAUUUUGUUCCUACUGCCAUUUCAGUAGGGUCUGCACACCAGGAACAACAGCCACCAUCUACUGUUAUAAUUCAGCCUGUCCAAACUUCAUUUGUUCAAUCUCCUGUGCCUGAUGUUCAGUAUAUAACAAUAAACAAUACUCCAACUCAACCCGUGAUGCCAUGUUUCCAAUAUCAAACACCACAGACUGUUAUAGUUCAACCAUCAGUAGUUGAUUCGACUACAGUUGUGCUAAACAAUUCUUCAGUGGAUAUGUACGUUCCCCAGAAUAACAACUUACUAUUUAGUUCACAACCAAUGUUAGUAGGUUUGGAUCCAUACACCAUGUCUUCAAAUUACACCUUUACACAAACUUCUCAAAUUUACCAAUCACCAAAACCUAUAGAACCCAUUUCAAAUCAGUAUUAUAUUAUUAAUUCAGAGCCAACAGUUUCAAAUGAAUGGUCGUAUAAUAUAACAUCUGAGAUAAAAACUGAACGGAAUAUUUUGUGUACACAACCGAAAGUAUAUACAAACCGUAAGUUGCGAUCAACUGAACUUUGUUAUGAUACUAAAGAAAAUAUACCUAAUAGUUUAGUUCAAUCUGUAGAAAAUCAGGCUUAUGGAGUGAUGACCAUCAUGAAAAAUGUAAAUCCAGAACCUUGGAAAAGACCAAUUAUGAAAACAUAUCCUCCAAAAAAAAAUGAUGAACACAAAAUUUCACCUAAACGAGUUGAAGAGAAAAAGAUACUUCCAAAAAAUAUUGAAUCAGAUUCAUGCAAAAUAUCAACUUCAAUAACCAUGGCAGAUAAUAGAAUACAUUCAACAACUGUGGUGAACACAGUGAUCUCUACCUCAACAUAUACAGAAAACUUACCAUCUCCAAUUAAAUUGGGUUAUUCAUCACAACUUAAUUCUAUAUCUAAUGGUUUACUAUCUCCACAAAAUUUUAAAAAUACUGUAUCAUCACCAUUGAAAACAGAAUUUAAACCUCUGCAUUCUACUGUAAAAACUUUAAAAGUAUUACCUUCACAAAAAAUAACACAAGAAAACAGUCCAAUAACUUGUUCGUCGGUAUUAGAAAAAUCUGGUUCUUCAUUUAUAAAAGAAGAAAAUCCCUGUUCAUCUAAUAUACAAAAUUUAGAUUGUUCAUCAUUUUCUACAUCAAUCUAUAAAAAUAUUCCUAUUAAUAUAGAAAAACCAUCCCUUUCUCAGUUACCAGAUAAAGAUGAUACAUUUUUAAAGGUAAAACAACCAUUGAAAAUAGACAACUUGUCAUCAUCUAUAUCAAAAUUAGAAAAUGCACAAUCACAUACACUGAAAGUUAACACGGAUCCACCUACAUUACUUAUAGGUAAUAUGGACAUGAUUCCAUCAUUAAAAGUAGGUAAGUCAUCAUCAAAUGAGGUAUUAUUGACUGUAGGAAAUUCUUUAAAUCAAGAAAAGUCUAUGAAAAUAGAAAACCCAUCUAGUAUUUUUGUAAAUGAUAUGUUAUGCGCAGAAAUAAAUUCUUCUAAUAACACAUCUCAAAAUGUUUCAUUAAAUAUUCAUAAUGGUAUUGCUGAUCAAAUUCAAAAAGUUGUUUUAAACGAAGAAUUUAAAUCUGUUCAAGAAAACUCUCCUCAAAUAAAAACGCAAACAAGUGGCUCUCAAAAUGAUUCAGAGCAUCAAUGGUCUACAGCUGUAGCAGAACGUGAGCACACAGUUUCCCAUCUUGUAUAUGAAAUGAGCUCUACCGACGGUGUUUUCUGUAAAGAUCGAUCUCUCGUUGAAAUUUGGUCUAAACUAUAUGAAGCUGUUCAGCUAUCAAGGAGUGAACGUAAUAUGCCACAAUUAUCUUCGAAUAAUCCUUAUGCGACCGAUGUAACAUCAGCAAUUCGUUCUUUAGGCUUAAGCAAUAAUUUUUUGAAGUUUUUGUUAGAGCAACUUACAGGUGCCAAAGAGUUUAUAAAAUACAAUCCAGUAUUCCAUAAAGGUGUUGACGUUGUUGGCUCUACUACAGAAGAUCAUUCAGGUUGUGCUCGUACAGGAAUAGUGGUUAGAAAAAACAAAUAUGACAUGUUCAGCUGGUUAGCAUCUAGGCACAGAAAACCACCAAAGCUAUUAGCAAAUAAUGAAGAUUUUGGUGGUCGCCGUGCUAAUUCUUUACCCAAUGAGAUGAAGUAUAGAAACAUGAAUAAAACAUUAACCAGUACUGUUGGUGUUUAUCGAUCAGAUAUACAUGGCCGCGGUUUAUUUUGUUUAAGGGAUAUUGAACAAGGUGAAUAUGUCAUUGAAUAUACUGGUGAAGUGAGUAUUAAUAAAUUAACAUUUUUUUUUUAAAUAAACAUUAGGAAUAACAUUGUAUUAUAUUUAAAAAUAAUAGGUUAUUCGAUCAGAGGUAAGUGAUGUACGAGAGAGACUUUAUAAUAAAAAGGGGAUUGAUUGUUAUAUGUUCAGAAUCGAUCAAAAUAUUGUUGUAGAUGCCACAAUGAAUGGCAAUUCCUCCAGAUUUAUAAAUCACUCCUGUGAGGUAAAUAUAUCUUUUCAAAUAAAAAUGUAAUGAGUCAUGGUCUUGAUUUUUAACUAACAUUUUGUAUUAAUAAAAUAUAUUUACUUAACAGCCCAACUGUCAGUCUAAAAUUGAAACAAUUCAUGGUAAAAAGCAUAUAAUGAUUUUGGCCAAAAGAAAAUUACUUCAAGGUGAAGAACUCACAUAUGACUAUAAAUUUCCAUUAGAAGAUGAUAAAAUCACGUGCCAUUGUCUUUCAAGAAAAUGUCGUAAAUAUCUGAAUUAGAUUCUUUUUAUUUAAAUUGGUUAUUUAUUAUUCUUAUAACAAUCUUUUGAUUGACUUAAAUUUUUUAAAAUUAUUGUUUAGAUAUUAUUAUGUACUUUAUAGAUCAAAUAGAUUAUAUUGCUCCUUUUGAAUUCAUUUUUUUUUUCCUUUUUUUUUUUUAAUUUGUACUUAUUUUUGUUACAUCAUAUAAUGAUUUCCUUAAAAAUUGUUGUUUUAUUGUUAAUACCUAUAUCAUUUUGGUUUUGUAAAUUAAAAACUAUUAGCAAUAUUUACCUUUUAGUUGUUUACAUCACACAUUUGCAUUAACCAUACAUUUGAAUAGUAUUUUAAACAAUUUGUUUAUUAACUAUUAUUAAUUUAUAUAAUAAUUGUAUAACUUAUGAAAUUAAUAAAUGGUUAUUAUUAGGGUUAGGGACUUAUUGCACUUAAAAUUCACAAAAGAGCAUUUAAAAACAUCAAAAUACUCAUUUCAAGCAAAUAUUAUUCGACCAAAUGGUAGAAGAGUUUAAAUGUUAAAUGUCCUCCUUUUAAAGGCUUUUACUUAUUAGAUACAAUCUUCUAACGCUACACAAAGUUAUUUUUCUUAUAAUACGUACAAUUUUAUUUAAAUAGAAUACAUUUUUGAUAAUAAUUUGUCGUGUGAGAAAAUUAUAUUUAAUAAUUUAGUCGUUAGACUGAGGACAUUUAAAAUCUACCAUUUGGUCUAAUAAUAUUUACUUGAAGUGCAUUUUUUGAUGUUUUUAAGUGCUCUUUAGUGAAUUUUAAGUGCUAAAAGUCCCAAACCCUAGUUAUUAUACUAAUAGUAGCUGACCUCACUUGUGUGAUGUAUAGGAAUAAAACACAAAUAAACAAAUUGUAUUUCUAUUUAA